UUGGUCGACACAGAUAAAGGCUCCACUCAUUCAGCUUUGAUCAAGGAACUAAACUGUGAGGUUAUUCUCUAACUGUCAGAGUAUGAGAGUCAGCAAUUACAGACACACAGUAAACUUGCUUUAUUGUGCAUGUGUAACAUAGAACAAAGUCGUUUAAAGUUGGUGAAAGAGGAUUACACGGACAGUGAGCGGAGGAUGAUAAGUGUGUCUGCAGAGCUCUGUUUGCUGGCAUGUUUGAUUCUGACUUUAGACUUGACUUUGGGUCUGGGGCCAAAGAAAGACAUGGAAUUUACAUUUUUAUUGUCUGCUGGCAGCACAGAGUGUUUUUACCAAAAUGCAGUGAGGAGCGACAGCAUGGAGGUUGAAUACCAGGUGAUAGCCGGGUCUGGUUUGGAUGUCGGCUUUGCCCUCAUCUCACCCAGCGGACACCGGCUGGUCUCUGAUUUCAGGAGAUCUGAUGCCAUUCACAUGGUGGAUCCCACAGAGGACGGAGACUACCGCUUGUGUUUCGACAACAGCUUCAGUAAACUCUCAGAGAAGAUGGUGUUCUUUAAGGUGAUCAUUAACAGUCAGAGCAGCGAAGGCAGAGGCCAAGAUGAGUGGGUGGACGUGGCCAUGCCAGAGAGCAUGCUGGAGUACAAACUGGAGGACAUCAAGGUGAGGAUGGACUCUUUGUAUGAGCAUCUGGAGAAGAGCCGUCAGCUCCUGACUGUGCUGCGGGUCCUUGAGGCGAGGGACCGCUAUCUUCUGGAGGACAACCUGUGGCGGGUGUCCUUCUGGUCCUGCCUCAACCUGCUCGUCAUGCUCGCUGUCGCUGCUGCUCAGGUCUACACACUGCAGCGCCUCUUUGACAACACCAAGCGAGUCUCUCCAUAGAC